AUGGAUUCGAAGAAGAAAGAUGAUAAGCUGCUAGGUAGCGACGAGGGAAGCUUGUCCUUGGGCAUUCCAGCUCCACCACAGAACACUACAGAUACAACUUCUUCUGGAAGUGGCGGAGAGAACGCAGAAGUUCCCCCGGCGCUCCCUCCUCGACCCAAUAUCGUCGGUCUCGACAAACAAGUGAGUGUAGCAGGGUGUCCUUCGAAAAUAAGGCCCUCUUCAAAACAUAAUCUACAGUCGAAACCUACAACUGCUUUGUCCUUAACAGAUAUCAAUACUCAGAACCCCUCCGACGGUUCCAGGGAGCCACCUUUAUCAUCAGGUGUGAAAAUCACCACUGGAGUGACUGUAGGUCACAGGCUGAGCGGCACCCAUUUGAGAAGUCGCAGGGGAAGCGAUGCUGGUGAUUCUAUAAGUGUACGGAGCUUCGUCCCAAGCGGCGAAACCUCCGAUGACAUGAGCCUUUUCGGCGACUUUCCCGUAAUUGGAGGCAAAGAUUUCUCAUGGCCUGAGGGUGGAGAGAACACAGGAAAACCAGACUUGUUGGAGUCUGAGGACGAUGAAGUGGACUAUGAUUUCGAAAAUGAGUUCGAUGCUAUCGACGAAGUGGAGCCAGAUGACUCCAAUUCAGCACAUGUUGUCGAAGCAUGGAAGCAGAAAAGGAAGCAUUUCCUUAUUUUGUCACAGGCAGGAAAGCCAAUAUACACAAGACACGGCGAUAGUGGGCUGAUUUCCGACUAUAUUGGCAUUAUUCAAACGAUCAUAUCUUUUUAUGAGGAAUCUGGAGACUCCCUCAAGAGCUUCUCAGUUGGGAAAGGAACGGAGCCUCUUCUCUCGUCGUUAGCCGAUAGUUUCACUAGGGGCUCCCCAUCGACAUUGCUCUCCGCUCUUGAAUGCCUCAAAAUCCGAAAAUCUCAUAGACAAACAAUAAACAACAGCCUUUUAAAGACAAGGGCUGAUAGCCUAUUAUACGGGCUUGUCGUCGCGGGAGGGCGGCUUGUGAGCGUGAUCAGACCAAAGAAGCACUCGUUACACCCAGGAGACCUACGAUUGAUAUUUAACAUGAUUUUUGAAGCAGAUGGUGUCAAAGCUGGUGGCGGAGACAGCUGGAUCCCUGUUUGCCUUCCGGGUUUUAAUAGCAGUGGUUAUCUGUACAUGUAUGUCAGCUUUCUUGAUCUACGUGACGAUGGGAACCAUACUGCAAACCAGGACACGAACAAAGACGAUUCCGUUGCUAUCAUCUUAAUCAGCGCAGAUAAGGAAAGUUUUUAUGUACUUCGAGAGAUGCGUGAUUCUGUAGUGGAGCGAAUGACGAAAAAUGGCAGCAUCGACAUUAUCAAGGCAGCGAUUGAAAAGGGUCGGCCUACCACAACAGAUAUUGUUCCUGGAACCGUCCUGCGACAUUUUCUCUACAAAUCAAAAGCAAAUGUUCAAUUUUCUAUGGCCUCAUAUUAUCCAGACUUCUCAACAACUCUGGGGAGACGCAGGCUCUUAUCUAUCUACCACUCUCUUCACUCAAGUGUUCAUGCGAAGCAUGCGCACGUUAGAGUCGAACAUAGGACGACAAAUUCCAUGAACGCGCUCGCAUGGAUCACGCCUGUUUUUGAAUUAUACUGUGUUGCCGGUCCGAAUAGUAAUCGGAACGCUCUAUCGCAGAGUGCGAGCAAAAUCGCACAGUGGGCACAGCAGGAAGAGGAGAGAUUGUUUAUUAUUGGCGGCGCUGUAUUUUAA